CGUUCUUUUACUCUCAACUUAUAUCCGUUUCUCUCUCCUCCACGCUUUACUCUCAAGAUCAAACAAAACAUUUUCAGAUAUUCACAAACUUUCCUCAAACUAAAGUUUCUAAUUUGAUACAGUUUAAUACAAAGCCAGACUACAGAGUCAAAUACGUGAAAAAGUCGCUGUCUUUGGCAUAUGGAUUAGAAAUGGAGCAACUGAAAGUGGAACUGGAGGAAGAUACGGUGACGUACGGUGGUUCAACGGCGGUAGCUUCGUCGUCGGUUGGAUCAUCGUCGUCUCCGAGACCAAUGGAAGGACUAAACGAAACAGGGCCACCUCCGUUUCUGACCAAGACUUACGAGAUGGUGGAGGAUCCGGCGACGGACACGGUGGUUUCUUGGAGUAAUGGCCGUAACAGCUUUAUUGUUUGGGAUUCUCACAAAUUCUCCACCACUCUCCUUCCUCGUUACUUCAAGCACAGCAAUUUUUCAAGCUUUAUCCGUCAGCUCAACACUUAUGGAUUUAGAAAGAUCGAUCCGGAUAGAUGGGAAUUUGCGAGCGAAGGGUUCUUAGCAGGCCAGAAGCACCUCCUUAAGAGCAUAAAACGAAGGAGAAACAUGGGUUUGCCGAAUGUGAAUCAGCAAGGAUCAGGAUCAGGAUCAGGAUCAGGAAUGUCGUGUGUGGAAGUUGGGCAAUACGGAUACGAAGGAGAGGUAGAGAGGCUGAAGAGGGAUCAUAGUCUCCUUGUAGCUGAAGUAGUUAGGCUGAGGCAGCAGCAACACAGCUCCAAGAAUCAAGUUGCUGCAAUGAAGCAGAGGUUGCUCGUUACAGAGAAGAGACAGCAACAGAUGAUGACGUUUCUCGCUAAGGCGUUGAACAAUCCAAACUUUGUUCAGCAGUUUGCAUUGAUGAGCAAAGAGAAGAAGAGUCUCUUCGGUUUGGAUGGCGGGAGGAAACGUAGGCUCACUUCUAGUCCAAGCUUGGGGGCUAUGGAAGAGAGAAUGUUGCAUGAACAGGAGUUUGAUAGAAUGAAGGAGGAUAUGGAGACAUUACUUGCCGCGGCUAUCGAUAAUGAGUCGAGUAAUUUGAUGCCUACUAAGGAGGAACAGUGUUUGGAAGCUAUGAAUGUGAUGAUGGAAGAUGGCAAUCUAGAGGCAGAGGUGGGUGUGAAAGUUGAAGAUCUGGUUGCUUCACCGUUGAAUUGGGACAGUGAGGAUCUACAUGACAUUGUAGAUCAAAUGGGUUUUCUUGGAUCAGAACCUUGAUAAACAGCUUAACUCAUUAACUUGUCUGAAGACAGUUUUACGCCAUCUAAGUCGUGAUGUUGCAUUCAAGAUUGAGGGGGUUGUAUGUAAGAGAGAAGACCAGAAUUCAUUAACUUUUGUUAAGAUUUGUUUGGGAAAAGAGACCAAGAAGCUCUGUGGUCGCUGCUAACUUGCUAAGGUGUGUGUUUUGACGUAUGUUGGUUUACAUUGUUGUGUUGAAGAGUUUAUAAAUUAUGUAGCAUGGUCUUUAGACUGGCAAAUUGACUGGUGAUUGUAUAUAUAUUAUAUAAGUUUUUUUCGAAUGAAAAUCUAAGUGAUGGACUGAUGGUAAUUUGCAAUAACUGAAACUCGAUAGAUAAUGAUUUUGAUAAAAUAGAUAAUGUGUAUCUCUAUCAUUGAAUCGUUGACAGCUCAGUUGAUGUAAAAUGGUUUACAUGUGUGAAUCUUUAACUCGUAACAUAAU